AUGUCCAAAGUCCGCGGCAUAAGAGGGGCGACAACCGCAAAUAGCAACGAAAAAGACGAAGUGUUCAACGCGACAAGUGAGAUGCUUGCCGAGCUUGUAAAGGCAAAUGACAUUGAUGCUGAUGAUGUGGCGGCGGCGUUCUUCACUACGACGCCUGAUCUGAAUGCGGACUUUCCUGCGGCUGCCGCUCGGCUUAUGGGGUGGACUCAUGUCGCGCUGCUGGAUGCGGUGGAGAUCGAUGUGCCAGGCUCUCAGUCGAUGUGCAUUCGGACGUUAAUCCUCGUCAACACGGACAAGCGGGCUGAUGAGCUGGUUAAUGUGUAUCAGCGGGGGGCAGCGAACCUGCGUCAGUGGCGGGUUGAGGAAUAA